AUGGGAAGCUUUCUGACUGAGGCCAAGUACUUUUGGCAGUAUCUUGUGCAGCUAUUGUUACCAGGGAAGCCCCAGUUCAGCACAAAGCAGAUACCUGAUUUGACGGGCCAGGUAAUGCUCGUAACAGGUGUAUACCUUGCAGCAAGGAGCAGGGAGCGGGCCGAAGCAGCGAUCCAGGACCUACAGAAACAAACAGGCAAAACGGCCAUUUUCCUUGAAUUGGACAUGAGCAGUCUAGCCUCGGUCAGGAAAGCUGCGAAAGAAUUCAUGAGCAAAGAGACAGCCCUCCAUGUCCUGUUCAAUAACGCCGGCGUCAUGUGGUGUUCUAUCGAGCUCCUUAGCGCGGACGGAUAUGACCUGCAAUUCGCCACGAAUGUCAUUGGUCAUUUCUACUUUACCAAGCUGCUCAUUCCCGCUCUGCUCGUUGGGAGAGACUCUUCGCCAGAUCGCCAUGCCCGUAUCGUGACAACGUCGUCUUCCACAGCCUACUUGUACACCAUCAACUGGGAGUCGUUCAAGGAUGGUCCCGCGCGGAGGAAGAUGUCCACCAGACAGCUGUAUAGUCAGAGCAAAUUCGCCAACGUUGUCGUAGCACGAGAGACUGCCAAACGUUAUGCAGAUCAAGGUAUCAUUUCAUUAUCACUCGACCCGGGCAGCAUAGAUACUGAAAUCCAGCGAACUGUCCCCGGUAUCCAGCGGUGGUUGGCGCGCGUGCUAGUCUUCUACCCUGCCUCGUUCGGAGCCCUCACUCAGCUCUGGGCAGGCACGAUGCCCGAGGCCAUUAACCAUAACGGCAAAUUCUUGAUCCCCUGGGCUAGAGUCGGGAGAUGUAGAGAAGAAGCUUAUGACGAUCGGAUUGGCGAGCGCCUAUGGGACUGGCUGGAGGAGCAGGUUAAGGCAUUUCAGCCAGAAGCUUGAGGU